UUCCUGUCAGAAACGUGAUGGAAAUGCAUUAGCUAUAAAAGCCGUAAUGUCAUCAUCAUCAGCAACAAAAACAUAUUAGCUAAAGCCUAAAAAGCUCAAUACAUGAGUGAGAAUUGUCCCUUACCCACUUCCUAAAUUUCAAUUUUCUCACUUCUUAUCAACCAAUUUCAUGGUCAGAGAUGAAUCAAAUACUCGGUACAAUGCAAUUACUGCCUGUUACAAUUUUAGUGACGUACUCGUUGUUUUUUAAUCAAAUGUCACUAUGCUCUACGAUCAAUUCAAACUCCCACUUCUCGGGCUCCUUCACUGUACGAUUUAUUUAACUUACAAAUCACAUUUGGGCAAGAUUCUGUUGAAAAUGUCUGAUCAACCCAAUUUCCAGGGCUAACCAGAUCCACCAAAUCUAAUUUGUUGGGAGGUCAGAUAUAAUAUGAACAUAAAAACAAAAACGAAUUAGCAAUAUCUUUCAUCUUGAACUAAUGGGAUUCCAUUCCAAGUAGCGGUAAAAAUUAAGAAUUGUCAGCUAACAAUUAGAUAUCAAUUUCUAGGUCAAAAAAUAUGCUUUUACGCCAAUGCUUGUGCAUAUCCGAACUUUCUUACCUUGAAAAUUGGAACACAAUGUUUACAUUACAUAGACACUUCUGCUGUCUGUAAUUGAAUAAGAUACAUAUAUAACUUAAAGCAUUCUCAUUUCAGGGGUUCUGAUUAAGGCGGCACUUGAUGUCAAGCAUGAUGGAAAGUAGACUACUAUGACUUUGUGAAUGAAAGAUUGUUCAACCGCAUUCAUUUAAAAUCAACAUUAACUGUACAUGUUCAUAUAAUGUAAUCAUCCAUACCAUAUAUCAGCCCCACGUUUAAAUACCUUUCGUAGUUAUUCCGCUUGCACUUCCAAGUUGUUAACCCCGUUGGCCUGAAUCCCUGUCUUCGAGAGUCUCUCCAUGGGCAAAGCCAGCCAAUGGUUUCAGGAGAGCCAUCAUGGUCUUUCUCGACGUAAGACGGACAUCAAGAACUGCCAAACUGGAUGAAGGGAAGGAAGAAUGAAGCCACCGAGCUCGGCCAAGCACCUGUGUACAAAAUACUACAGAUGAACGUCCGUUCGUCCGUCCUUACGCUACAUACAUACACACACGCACACACCCAUGGUACCUGGCCAACCAGACGAUCACCAAUGUACAGUUAGAUUUCCCUUUUAACCGAGAGCAAUCCACUGGCAUGCAACAACACUCACGGCCUCAGGCCAACCAGCUCCGGCCAAUGUUCGAGCAAGUGAGAGACCUAGAGCGAAUGAAAGAAAGAGGCCUGGCUGGUUCCACCAUAGGUGGUAGAUGGAAGAUCCUUCUCGUUCAUCCACACAUGGAGAGUGCCACAGGAGACACCGGGCAACAACCUAGGCCAUCGCCUACACACUCAAACCGGCUACCGAGCUGAUAUAUCCGCCCAGGAAUCGAGUUAGUUGGUUUCUUGAAUUUGAAAGUUUCUCUUCUCCGUGGAUUCGCUGCUCCGAUCGUGUCAGUUCUAAGAAAGAACGACGACUUACUCCUCCACUUACACGAUAAUCAAACCUUCGCGUUCAAGCCCGAACCUUUCAAGUCGUCAGAAUGAGUGCUAAAGUACUUUAUCUUCUCGCCAUCACCACUUUGACCGUUUCGGCGAAGGCCUUGGCCAUGGAGGCCCCCAGUGCGAUUGCUGUCAAUCAAAACGAUCAGGAGAUCCUUCUCCGAGAAAAGGCCAUGUACGGCUCCAACGAGGUUCAAGAUAUUUCUGGCAACACUUUGGACAUCUCCGAGCCGCAAAUCGAGGAGGAGGCUGGAGUGGUGGACUCCAUUUUUGGCAAAGGCACCCAAGAGCGAAUCGUCCAGAGUGUGAACAAUUGGGUGGCUCAAAAGGCCAAGACCAACCCGGGAUGCAUUGAGCGAUUCAUUUGCGAAUCCUACAAGAGCAGCGAGAGCAUGUCUGGCAUCCCUUAUUUGGCCAUGUCUGUUAGCAACGCUGCCGUGAGCUUUUAUGUGGCCGAGAUGUUCGAUCAAUCAAUUGACAUCCAAGAAAUCACUCGAGCUGCCAGAUAUGGCCGGACCAUUGGCAGUUGUGACACGAUGAAAUGCGACUUUGUGGAUGGGCAAUUGCGAACCAUUGGUGAUUACUUAAGCUCAUUGGAAGAUUUCAUCACCUCCAUCGUGAGUUCCGUGUCCAAUUCCAUCAAUAUUGGCAAGAAAUGAGAUGAACAGAGACCAAGCAAUGCUUCCAAAAGUUUCCACUUUCCUCUCUCGAACCAUCCGUGAUAUCGACCAAACCAAACUAAUGAACCAUGAGGACAAAAACUGAGGGAUAAUACGAAUUUGCAAACCGUAUUUAAAGCGGGCUCUCCACGCUCUUGGAGCAAACCCCUCCCAAUGGUUCGUUCACAUUGCAUUUCCAAGCCUACAAAACUUAUUUUCCUCUCUCCUUCCAAAGAGCGAGAUUGUCGCCUUGUAUUCGGUAAUGGUGAUUGGCUUUCUACUAUGUUCUACAGGGCCCUGGGAUGUAGACCAUGUCGUAUUAAUAAAUAUAAAUACAUGGGAAA